CGAGCGGCCUUGCGAGGCAUUGAGACGCCAUCCCGCCCGGGCUGGGCCGCGCUGCCUUCCCGGCAGUCCUUCCCCCACUUUCUGCGGACCUCCGUCCCCGCCCCUUCGGACCUAGCCAUGCUGCCCAACACAGGGAAGUUGGCUGGAUGCACUCUCUUUAUCACGGGUGCAAGCCGUGGCAUUGGAAAAGCGAUUGCCUUGAAGGCGGCAAAGGAUGGAGCAAACAUUGUGAUCGCUGCUAAAACAGGAGUGCCGCAUCGCACGCUCCCAGGAACAAUCUAUACUGCUGCAGAAGAAAUUGAAGCAGCUGGAGGAAAGGCUUUACCAUGUAUUGUUAAUGUAAGAGAAGAAGAUCAAAUUGCUGAUGCAGUGGAUCAGGCUGUUAAGAAAUUUGGAGGGAUAGAUGUUCUUGUGAACAAUGCAAGUGCUAUCUCACUGACUGGCACACUGGAAACACCGAUGAAAAAAGUGGACCUUAUGAUGAGUGCCAACACAAGAGGAACCUACCUUACAUCUAAAAUAUGCCUUCCUUACUUGAGAAAAAGUAAGAUUGGUCAUAUCCUUAAUAUCAGCCCACCAAUCAAUUUAAAUCCUAUAUGGUUCAGAAAUCAUUGUGCUUACACCAUUUCGAAAUAUGGAAUGUCCAUGUGUGUACUAGGAAUGGCCGAAGAAUUUAGAGGAGAAGUUGCAGUUAAUGCUUUAUGGCCUCAAACAGCUAUAUAUACUUCUGCUAUGGAUAUGUUGGGAGGAGCUGGUGUGGAGAAACAGUGCAGGAAAACCGAUAUUCUCGCAGAUGCCGCAUAUUGCAUUUUAGCAAAGCCCAAAAGUUUCACUGGAAACUUCGUUAUUGAUGAAAAAUUAUUGAGAGAAGAAGGAAUUAAGAAUUUUGAUGUAUAUGCAGUUGCACCAGGUCACCCUUUGCUACCAGAUUUCUUUCUAGAUGUGGAUCCAGAAACACUAGCAAUGAAAAUGGAAGCACAAGGAGCGACUCCAACAUUCAGAGAAGGAAAGAAACAAGAAAUGAUCAAGCAUGAAGCUCCUGACAGAACUAAGGCUGAAGGUCCUGAGAGAGCCAAGCAUCAUGUGCACUUUGCUGCUGAGAGCGCAACAGGACCUGUGGGGGAAACAUUUAAAAUUAUAAAAGCUGCUAUCAGUGAUGAAGUUGUAAAGUCAACCCAAGGAGUUUAUCAGUUUGAAUUAUCUGGUGAAGAAGGUGGGACGUGGUAUAUUGAUCUGAAAAACAAAGGUGGCAGUGCAGGAAGUGGAGAGCCACCUGGAAAAGUGGAUGUAAUUAUGAGGAUGUCUAGUAGUGAUUUUGUGAAAAUGUUUUCAGGCAAACUAAAGCCAACAAUGGCUUUCAUGUCUGGAAAGCUGAAUAUCAAGGGUGACAUGGCCUUAGCAAUCAAGUUGGAAAAACUGAUGGGUCAGUUCAAUGCCAAACUGUAAUGACAGAUGGGUGAUUUGUGUGCCACAUUGACCUCUCAAUAAAAAUGCAGUGCUUUGUUGUUGAAGAUACUAACCUUUGCUUUUGAGCCAACACAUUAUGGUUUAAUACAGGUGGCCCUCGUUGUUCGCGGGGGUUCCAUUCCAGCAUACACCAUGGAUAACGAAACUGCAAAUAAUGUGACCUUGAGUCUUUGUGAAUUGGGGGGGGUGUUAGGUUCUGGAGCCCUGGAAAAUGACUGAAAAUCACCCCCCAAAAAUAGGGAAAGCAGAAAUAAGGAUGGAGCACAGCAUUGUACCUUGGCCACCUCGGCACUCCCACUGUACAGGUGCUCCAGCAGUGGUCCCAGCUCUUCCAGUAUAGCAUCAUAGAGAAGUGGCCUCAUGGCCCCACAGUUGAAGUUCAACACUUAGCAGCACAAACCCCUGGCCUGACUGGCCAGAGAAGCAGCACAGAAUUCAAUCUAAUUCAAGUAAACACACACAGGGGAGUUCCUUCACUGCAGUGCUGGAGUGGUCAGCACUCCAUCUCCAGUCUUCUGCUUGCAGCACAGAUCAGAUGGUGGAAGCAGGCCCUGAAGAGGUUGACCUGCUGCCGGUAUUGCAAUCAUUGUCAUCCUCUUCUUCCUCAAAGCCGUGGAAAGUGCAGGUGUUGCUCUCCGAUGAUGACCACUCUGCAGCUGUGAUGGUGGGUAUAGCUACCUUUCCAAAGUAGCUGGUGAUGGUCAUUUGCUUUCCUUUGGUUUGCAGAGUCCGGUAGCUGUCCUUAUAGGGUUGCAAAGGAGCUUCCAGCUGCCUUUUGAACUUGAUGCUGUUCUCGAUCAGGAGAUCAAGUUUGAAGACUGGGUUCACCAAGGCAGUCCCCAGUUUCAGAAUCUCAGAUAGCCCCUUUAUCUGAGGGGCUUGGGAAGUAUCUCCCUCACUCUCAGGAGCUGCCUGGAUGAUAUCCUCCAGUUCUUCUUCUGUCAAUGCCCUCCUGAUAGGAUUGGAGGAGUUCCUCCACCUCACGUGGCUCGAUGUCUUGCAGGCCUUGUCCACCAACAGUGUAUGCAAGGUUGGUGAUCCGCUCUGCUUCAUCAGGUACUAAAGGAACAGCUGCAGCAGAUGAAGAGGUGACUGCCCCAGGCCACAUCUUCCAGACUGUGUUCCAUGUCUGGGAUUUGAUCUCUGCAGGGGAUGCCAGGAUGUUCUCCAUGCAGUCCAUGAUGUUGUAACUUCUCCAACAACUGCUGACUGGCAAGAGAGAGAUCAGCUUCCAUGAGAUCCAGCAUCCUCCUAAUGGUGCAACAAGUGUAGUACAACUUGAAAGUUGCGAUCAGACCUUGGUCCAUCAGUUGGAUCAAGGAUGUGGUGUUGGGCAGCAAGAAGAUGAUCUCCAGGUUUGGGGGUGUGAACUGCAGGGUCUCAGGAUGGCCAGGGUCAUUGCUGAGCACCAGGAGGACUCUGAAAGCCAGGUUCUUGGAGGCCAGAUAUCUCUGUAUCUCAUGCAGAAAGCAGUUCACUCAGUCAGAGAAAAAUGCUACAGUCACUCAUGCUCUCCUGUUGGCUCUCCAGAAGACGGGAAGCUUGCUUUUAUUCUUCUCUUUCAGGGCAUGAGGGUUCUGUGUUCAGUACAGGAGCAUGGUGGGCUUGACCACGCAGUUCCCUGCAGCAUUGCUGCAUACCAGCAGAGUGAGGCAGUUCUUGGCUGCCUUGAAACCUGGAGCAGUUCUUUUUUCUUUGCUGAUGAAGGAGCGGGAUGGCAUCUUCUUCCAGAACAGAUCUGUGUCAUCAGCAUUGAAGACCUGCUCGGGCCUAUAUCCUCAAGACUCAAUCAGCUGCUGGAAAUCUUUGUGCCACCUCAUGGUCCAGUGAUGCUGCUUCCUCUGACAGCUUGACAUUUUUGAGGUUGUAGUGGUGCUUGAAUCUUUCAAACUAGCUCUUGCUCACCUGGAAGCCAUGCUCAGCGCCUUCAGAUACUCACACCGCUUGGUCCUCUAUCCACAAAUGGAGGGGCUUUUCCAUCCAUUCCAUGUGGGGAUCAUGUGGAUGGAACGCCAUCUUCAAAUGCUGAGAUGUGCCGGACACCACACUUGCAUGGAUACUGGCUUCGCUUUUCUUGGUGGAGUGGACGGUGGACUCAUUGAUGCCAUAACGAUGUGCAACAGAUGCCAUGCUGUCCUCACAAGCCAACAUGUCCAGCAGCUUCUCCUUGCUCAAGGGCAGCACUUUGAGAGACCUUUUGCCACCCCCCUCAGCAGAGCUCUCUGAUGUGCACUUGCUCAUUUUGACUGUAGAGGAAGGAAGAAUUUGUAUAAUGAUGCACAGUACAGUAACUGUUCAGGACAACCCCCCCCCCCACACACACACAAUUGAUAAAGGACAAGACAGUGCAGUAACAUAAUUAAAAACAGUUUUCAAUGGAUAGAUACUUAAAAUCAAUUUUUAAUUGAUAGGGUACAGUUCUUCAGUGAAUUUCAGUGGAUAGUUCAAUCUUUAAUAGCAAUUCAAAUUAAAUGAACUACAGUUAUAUGGCACAGUAUUAUAACUACCAAGAUUAAAAUUAAAUUUUUACUUUGAAUAUUUUAAAUAAAAUAAUUUCAUUAAAAUUAAAUUUAUUAAAGUGAUAAUUAGCAUCUUACCAAGGCUGCACAAUGCUGCAAGAGGGUCCUCCAAGACAGCUGCACAGGAAUGGCUGAAGGAAGGUUCCCACAGGCUUGCAAAAACCACAGAAAUAUGUCCAAAAACAUUCUAGAGCAGUGGCUACUAAAGGCGCUCAAUGGCUCCCUAAGAACAUCAAAAGCUACCCAAGGCUGCCAAAUGCUCUUUAAAAUGCCCCUUUUUAACCACAAAAAAACAUAAAACUCACAGACCAAAGUGCUCCAUCUUCCGCAAAACUCCUCUCUCUACCCACAAGCACAUGCAGGCAGAGCAUGACCAUAUAAGGUCAGAACUAUGUGCCAAAAACCAUGGAUAUGCAAAGCUCUUUACUGCGGAUAAAGAGGUUGGGUGUGUGUUUUCCGGCUGCGGACAUGCUAAACCACGGGUAAUGGAACUGCAGAUAACGACGGCCACCUAGUACAUAAUUUUGCUGAUAAAUGAUAUUUGGAUCUAUUCCUGAUGAUGUAUUUAAAACCAAAAUCCUAUUGAUUAAGACAGGACUGAUUUUCUAGGAUGUUUGCUUAAGUUGUUAAACCUUUCACACCACCACUCCAGACUCUCAUAUUACCCAUUUAUAUAUUUUUCAUAAGGUUCCAGUAAAAAUUAGAGGGGGAAAUAAAUAGGUAGCCCCCCCCCCACCCAACUUUAUUAUGGUCCUCUCAGGUAGCAAAUUAAAUUCAGUGGAGCAAAGAUUUUCUACAGACCACUUGAGCCUACCCCAUAGCCCUAGUCUUAGAACCCCAGGGUUAAAGGAUUUUACAGUUUUCUUUUUGAGGUCUCCAUGUUCCCAUAAUCUUUCUUAGGAAUAAAACUUUUAAAGCAAAUAUAUGUGUAUAUACUAAAAAAUUUGCUCGGAUGCUUCUUAAAACCAAGUUUAGAGUUGCACAACUCCAUACCCUAAAGGAUUCCUGAGAGCCCACUGUUGUGGAGUACACCAGUGUUAAUAUUUGCCUCCACAACACUGCUGUCUCUUAUUCUCAUUACUGAGAUGCUUUGGGGGCUUAUGUGCUUUUUCUACAUGAGUUACUAUUACAGAAUUGCUUUGCCCACCCUCCGAAGUUUAAAUCCUUUAUGCCAAUCUCAGGUGCUCAAGGAUAAGAAACAUCCUUUGCCUUUCUGUGUGCCUUUGUGAUUGUCUCCAUAUAGUAUUUUACCUUUACAUGUAUUUGUUGCUGUGAAAACUCACUUCCUGCCAAAUUGUUCCUACAGAGUUAUUGAAAUAAAAUGUUUCUCCUUGUA